AAAAUCUCCCUUUCCUUUGCUAUUACUUUUUCUUUUUUUUUGCUAAUUAUAACAAUAAACAAGAAUAAAACAAUAUGACCACUGAAGAACUCCCACCACUUGCUGAAAGUAACGUAUUCAAACCUAUUAAAGUAGGUAACCACACUCUUUCCAACAGAAUCGUAUAUGUCCCAACUACCAGAUUCCGUGCUGCUAAAGGAGAUCCUAAGACCCGUCACGUUCCUCUGGAUCUUAUGCAACAGUACUACUCCGACAGAGCUCAAUACCCAGGUACUUUGUUGAUUACAGAAGCCACACUUGUGUCGGACAGAGCGGGUGGGUAUGAAGGUGUUCCUAAGAUUUCCACCAAGGAAGAAGUUGACGGGUGGAAGAAAAUCACAGAUAAAGUACAUGAACGUGGAUCUUUUAUUUCCUGUCAGUUUUGGUUCCUUGGUAGAGUUGCUGACCCAAAGGUGUUGAAGGAAAGAGGAUUGGAUAUGAUCGCUCCAUCAGCUAUAUAUCCAAGUGAAGAAGCCAAGGCAGCUGCUGAAAAGCAAGGCGUGCAAGUCAGAGCCGUCACCGAAGAAGAAAUCAAAGAUAUUAUCUUGAACGACUACACUAUCGCCGCCAAGAACGCCAUUGCUGCUGGGUUUGAUUAUAUUGAAUUACACGGUGCCCAUGGGUACUUCAUUGAUCAAUUCUUACACGAGAAUUCCAACACAAGAACAGACAAGUAUGGGGGCUCUAUUGAAAACAGAGCUCGUUUCGCAUUGGAAGUGAUUGAUCAUUUGAUUGGUGUUGUUGGUGCCGACAGAUUAGCCAUCCGUCUUUCCCCAUGGGCUGAAGUUCAAGGUAUCGAAGAAAGAGCCAGUCCUAUCCCUACUUUCUCCUAUUUGUUGGACCAAUUGCAAAGAAGAGCCGACAAGGGUAACAAAUUGGCUUAUGUUUCUGUGGUGGAACCUCGUGUUCAAGGUACUGUCACUGUUGAUGCCAGCUCAGCCAAGGGUGAUAACCAUUUUGUGGAACAAGUAUGGAAGGGUAUUAUUGUCCGUGCUGGUAAUUACACUUACGAUGCUCCUGAAUUCAAGUCCAUUAGAGAAGAUACUGCUAAUGGAAGAACCUUGGUUGGUUUCUCCCGUUACUUUACAUCUAAUCCUGAUUUAGUGUCCAAGUUAAAGAAUGAUCCUUCUACUUUAGUCAAGUAUAAUAGAGCUACUUUCUACGAUGCUAGUAACUGGGGAUACAAUACCUACAGAAAUCACGGAGAUGAAACUAAGUAUGAUGAAGCAGUGGAAAAGAAGAGAUAUCCAAAGGUUAUCGACGAUAGAAGGGAAGCUAAUUUAUAAGACUAUAUAGUUUAAUUCUUUUUCUUUU